AUGGCCCCCGUCACGCGGCGGCGCACCAAGGCGCUCGAGGCCUCGCAGACAGACUCGUCCUUCGUCUCGGACGUCGACGCAGACAGCCUCGCCAACACGUCCUCGCAGAGCCAGAGAUCCCAGGAUUCAGACCCAAAGUCGGCGGCAAAGUCAGCCGGCCGCUCGAAACGGAAAUCGACCGAGGCGGCCGCGGCGGCGGAGCCGACGAGCCAGCAGCGCAAGCCAGAGACCCCCAAGCGGAAGCGCCUGGCCGUGAGGACGAGGGUGGACGAGUCGCCAAAGGGGGACCACCGCACAGUGCACAUUGAGGCGACGAUGCCCGUGUCUGACGCGCGGGCCGCCAUCGGGGCCGACGCGAACGUCGAAGAAGGGGAGAGUGGCAGCGACAAUGACGACGACGACGAUGGAGCACCCGAGCCCGAGAGCGCAACCAGACAGCUGCAGGAAGAGGCGAUACAGAAACUUGCGUCACAGUCUGCCGAGCCCGAAACUGCUAAGGCUGAAGCCACGCCCACGGCCGCGUCCAAGGGCAAGCACGUCGUUUUCGGCGACGACGACGAUGUAGACAACUUUGUGGCCGAGGCGGCAGCAGCCAAGCACGCGAAGAAAGAAACACAGCAAGAGGCCGAGGACGAGGACGAAGACGAUGACAGCGACGACGAGGCGCCCGAGGCCGUGUCCACAGCUGCCGCGGCCAAGCAGACAAAGAAGGCGGAACAGGCUGCCGCCGAUGCUGCCGAGAAACUCGCCGCCUCGCAGAAGCGGAAACGGCAGGAACGAGACGCCCUCUUCCGCGAGCAAGCCGCGGAGCGCAAGCGCGUGGCCGCCGUCAGCGCCAGCACCAGCACACGCCAGCGCGUCAGCAAGCGCGACCUCCCGGACGUGCUCCCAGCCGAGUUCCUCGAGGACUCCUCGGACUCGGACUCGGACUUCGACGCAGCGGAGGGGGAGGAGGAGGAGAAGGAGGGCGGCGGCAGGGGCGCGCAGCCGGACAGCCACCUGCGCAAGCUCAAGAAGAAGCGCAAGCUCGCCGAGGCCGAGGCGGCGGCCGCCCUGGCCGAGCAGCAGCGCAAGAAGAUCCGGUUCGACGACGUCGCCGACGCCGCGGAGCGCGCCGAGGCCGAGGCGGUCCGCGGUCGCCAGCGGCCCAGGGACGUCGUGCUGGGCAGCACGGUGUACCGCGUGCUAGCGCAGCAGGGCGACCAGCGGCUCGCGCCAAAGGUGCACAAGAACUCGCGGACGGUCAAGGAGAACCUGCUGAAGCGCAAGAGGGAAGCCUUUGCGGUCAACAAGAAGAAAGGCUUCUUUGUGAAGAAGUGA